AUGGACACAGACUGGAAGAACAAGGGGCCUCGAGCCUGUACGACUUGCGCCAAGGCCAAGUCGAGAUGUAUUCCAGGGCCAGAGGGUAGCAACAAGUGUGAACGGUGUCAUCGGCUCCGGAAGCCCUGCGGCUCCCAGACCCCUGCUCCCCCUAGGGCAAAGAAGGACCCUAAGCCUACAAAGGUCGCGGAGCUUGAAAGGAGGUUGGAUGAGUUGACUACUCAGCUGAAUACCACUCAGGGCGGAACCCCCGAGGCUCCCGCCCCCGCCCCUGCUGUGACCGGUAGUGGUAGCGGCGGCGGUGCGAAUAUCAACAGUAAUAUCAGUCCUCUUCCUAUAACCAAUAGCAACAAGCCGACGUCAGCUCGAAUUCCCAUCAACGUCGAUCACUUGUUCCCACCGGCGGAAGUGCCGAUGGAUGGUACUUCGGACACAUCGCCAGCUCCCAGCUCGUCGACAUUCGAUGGCCACCAUACCCUCAGUAGUCACAACAACAGCCAGUCGGAGCCAGCGGAGUCGCCUUGGCCGUUGAACAAUGAGUCCAAUCUCAUGCUUCAGACUUUCAAGGAUGAACUGCAGCCGCUGUAUCCAUUCGUUAUCGUGCCGCCUCACAUGGGACCUGCCGAACUCGCGGCGGAGAGACCGUACCUGUGGAAGGGCAUUAUGAUGACUGCCUGCCAUCUUGACGCGACUCGCCAAGUGACCCUGGGUAACGAGCUACUGGAAGAUAUUGUGCAGUCGGCGUUUACCAAGCCGAAGAAGAGUCUGGAUGUGCUUCAGGGGUUACAGCUCCUAAUUGCAUGGUACCACUAUAACAUAAACAGCUUCCAGCUAACAAACCUCCUCUUCCUCGCUAGAUCUAUGUGUAUCAGCCUGGGAUUCAAGGACAAUCCCAUCUCGAUCAAGGAGAGGGAAAGGGGCAUCUGCAUCAAUGUGCAAGAUCCGGCAGCCGCAACCGUAACCAAGGAGCAGAUGUCGACGCGGCUGGAGCUGAUGAGGGCGUUUGCCGGUUGCUACUAUCUCAACACACUGGUUUUCACCACAAACAAGCGCCCCGAUGCCUUUAUGAAUACAACAUACCUCGAGUCGUGUUGCAGACAGAUUCAGGAAAGGGCAGAGUAUCCCAGUGACGAACUCCUGGUCCAGCUCUUCAAGAUACAACAACUCGCUCAAACUAUCUCCCUUACGUUGGGAGCGGAAAGUACCAGCUUUCAGUCGCUUCAACUGCCGUUGACUAUGGUGGUCCAGUCCUUCCAACAACAACUCGACAUCUUCAAGACGUCAAUUCCGCAACACCUGAAGGACAACGCCGGUCUCCUUACACAUGUAAGCAUCGCAGAGAUCCUCCUCUAUGAAAUUGGUAUUCGCGAAUGCCAAGGAUCAACCUCCUACAUUUCCCUGACCGAACGUCUCGAACUCCUUUGGGGAUGCUGCAACUCGGUGAAGACAUUCCUGGAGCUCCGGUUCCCUCGGGACAAUAGAAGCAUCCAACCACGAUUCACAUGCCUUAGCUCUUCCGACUUUCUCUACGUCUUCAUAGUAUCCCUUAAAUUGAUGACACUGGAAGUGCCGGGAUGGGAUCUCCCGCUGAUACAAAAACACAUCGAUCUCGCCGGUGUUGUUGAUAGCCAAGUCAAACACUUGGAACUUUUCACAGUCAGGAGGGCUAGACGACCAAGCGCAGCAGAGACAAUGGCGGCCGAGAUCCCAGGACCCAAGGUCGUCGACCCAUUCCUGCGCCUCACCAUGAUGCUACGUUAUUUUAAGGACCUCGUGAGGGGGGAGCUGAGUUCCUUCAAAACUCAACCGGCGAUCCAGGAGCCCAUCUUGUUGCCGGCAAACUUAUCUGACGGGACGCAGGCUAUGAUUCGAGACCUGGAUGCCUCUUUUUGGAACAGUAUGCUCAGCGAGGAUCCUGGAACUUGGGAUGCGGGUUCUAUGUUUUCAACUAUGGACUGGACCGCGACAUGA